UAAAAACACUCUCAGCUCGAUCUGUGUAAGCAAGCGCACUUCUUUUACCUUCCACUCACCCGUUUGACCACGAUGAUGUCUGCUCAUGAGGAGUCAGCAAAGUGUUAAAUGUUUGAAAUCCAAGGCCUCCGAAAUUCACUUGAAAAGAGAGGAGAACGAAAUCCGAUGCAUUUUUGCAAUAGACUGUGCCAACGAGAGCUCAUAAUCUGGAGUUAGGAGAGCAGUGCAAAAUCCUGUGAGGUGUCUGUUUUCCUGCUAAGAGUAAAGCAUUUAAACAUCAAGCUGGCUCACUCUCUCCCGACCCAGCCCGCUUUGACAGCUGCUUUUCACCCGCUCUGGAGGACGGUCAGCAGCAAGAGGAUGGCAUCAGAGCUGGCACUGAGCAGCUCCGACCUGCCCACCGGUCCCCUGGCCAUGGAAUAUGUUAAUGACUUCGAUCUGAUGAAGUUUGAGGUGAAGAAAGAGCCACUGGAGCCCGAUCGCAGCAUCAGCCAGUGCAGCCGCCUGAUCGCCGGGGGAUCCCUGUCUUCCACCCCGAUGAGCACGCCUUGCAGCUCGGUUCCCCCUUCUCCAAGCUUCUCGGCGCCCAGUCCGGGAUCCGGGAGCGAACAGAAGGCGCACCUGGAGGAUUUCUACUGGAUGACCGGUUAUCAGCAGCAGCUCAACCCGGAGGCGUUGGGCUUCAGUCCCGAGGACGCGGUUGAAGCGCUGAUCAACAGCACACAUCAGCUCCAGAACUUCGACAGCUAUGCUAGAGGGCAGCAAUUCAGUAGCGCAGCCGGGGCGGGAGGCGCCAUGGCCGGGGAGGAGAUGGGAUCCGCCGCCGCGGUGGUGUCCGCAGUCAUUGCCGCCGCUGCAGCGCAGAACGGGGCACCUCACCACCAUCAUCACCACAGCCACCACCAGCAGCACCAAACCCCAGGGGUCCAGCCCAGCAACAACUCCUCUGCCCCCCACCACCAGCACUCCCACCUGGAUGACUGCUUCUCGGACGAGCAACUCGUUACCAUGUCCGUGCGGGAGCUCAACCGGCAGCUGCGCGGCGUCAGCAAAGAGGAGGUGAUCCGACUCAAACAGAAGAGGAGAACCCUCAAAAACAGAGGCUAUGCCCAGUCGUGCCGCUACAAGAGGGUCCAGCAGAGGCACGUAUUGGAGGGCGAGAAGACACAGCUCAUGCAGCAGGUGGACCACCUCAAACAAGAGAUCUCCAGACUGGUGCGUGAGAGAGACGCGUACAAAGAGAAGUACGAGAAGCUCGUGAGCAGCGGCUUCCGAGAAAACUCUUCGAGCAGCGAGAACAACCCCUCAUCCCCGGAGUUUUUCAUGUCUUCCAGAAAGUUCCUUCAUCUGUGACCGUGAGCUCUCUGAGCCUCUGCGCCUGGCCUUGAUGAGAUAUCAGGGUGGCAGUUGACGAGAUGACUCUCAGCACAAGGCCUUCCACAAAGCACAAGACCUCAAACUCUCUGAAGACGAUGCAACAAGAAUCAAAUCCAUAAUUCCCCCUCUUCCCCUGGCACUGUUCUUAAGGAGCUGAGUCCUUUGAUAAGAUCCCUUUUCUUCGACUGCGCCUGCAGCUUCUUUUUUUCUACAACUAAACAUAUCAAAUGGAAGAAAAAUGGAAACGUGAAAGCAAACCUUAAAUCGGAAA